CGUCUUUCGGCUCGGCAUAGGUUCAGUCCUCACUAAUGAAAUCGUACCCGUUCGUUCCAUCCAGAAAGGAAAACACAACUUAUACCCGUUUUUGAAGUCCGAUUCGUUCAGGGAAAGCGCAAGGAUUGCAAAUUUCAACCGUCCGAUCAUCCUAUCUGGCCAAACACUUUUUCCUAUAAAUAUACGUUUACCGCACUGCAAGCCAUCCGAACUUCAUCGCAGUUGGCUUCGAGGGAGAGAUUCGUGGACAGAAGAGAAGUGAUCAUUGUUGUCUUAUAUUUACUCCUGUAGAUGAGGACUUCGAAUUCUAAUCAUCAGCUUGAUAACCAAAUGGAUCUCACCGCAAAAGAGCUUGAUUGCUUCACCGAAAUUGGCAAGAAACUUGCCGAUGUUUCUCGUGAAGUUAUUGAGAGGUUCUAUAGCCAAAAAAUCAAAUUUGAUGAUAAAAAUGGCGAUGGUCCUGUAACAAUUGCUGAUAUAAAAGCAGAGGAAGCUAUGGUUUCGAUUAUACUAGAAAACUUUUCAUCUCAUGCAGUUUUUGGGGAGGAGACUGGAUGGACUUGUAAAGAGAAGUUCUCAGUUCCAGACUUUGUUUGGGUUUUAGAUCCUAUAGAUGGGACACAGAGUUUUAUUGCUCAUAGAUAUGAGUUCGGUACCCUAAUUGCUCUAUUAUACAAGGGUAAACCAGUGCUUGGCAUCAUUGAUCAACCGAUUCGAAAAGAAAGAUGGGUAGGGGUGAAAGGGAGAAGAACAACCAUGAAUGGAGAAGAAGCAUCUGUACGCACCUGUGAAAAGUUGAAACAAGCAUAUGCGUACUUGAAAGCCCGACAUUACAAUGAUGAUGCUGAAUUUGCCUGUGAUAGUCUCGCAUACAAGGUAGAUGAGAUAUUCUACGAUGGUAAUUGCAUUUCUUAUGCUUUAUUGGCUUCGGGGUUUAUUGAUCUCGUUGUUGACUGUGCAUUGGAUCCCUUUGAUUUUCUUGCACUGAUACCUAUCGUUGAGGGUGCUGGAGGUAUUAUAACUGAUUGGGAAGGACGUGAGCUUUGCUGGGAGGUUUCUCCUUCUUCGUGUUCAAUUCCAGAAGGAGGUUUUAAAGUAUUAGCAGCUGGAGAUAAAAGGAUUCAUGAAAAUGUUGUACUCGAAUUAUCAUAAGGUUUAGUAAGAGUGUUAGUUUAAUUAUUUACUUUCAUUAUUAGAACUCUAUUUCUUAUAGAAUUAUUAGUAGUUUUAGUUGGUGUAAGAAGGGGUUUUCUAGUCCUUUUAACAUGUUUUCCUAAUUUUAGUAUAAUUAGAUUACUUGCCUAUAUAAAGGCAUUAAAAGUCUUGUUAAAAACAAAUCGUUGAUGAACUAAUAAUAUUUGAGGUUUUUAUCAAUUUGUUGGUGGAUU